CAUGUGCAGGGUCAGGAACCAGCAACUACACAAUAUUCUGCCACAGUGUCUUCUCAUCAGGCAUUUCCAGCACAGCAGGAUUUUCAUCCGCAUCAGCCUUACUCAGCAUAUCGGCAGCAGCCUCAGUCUCAGUAUCAGCAGCAGGUUCUCGCACCUACGAUGCCAGCACAGACCACUUCGGAGAUACCACAGCCGAGCUCAGAGGUGGGUCGUGUUUAUGCUGUUACACGGGAGGAGGCACAGCGAGCUGAGGGAUCGGUUUUCCGAGGACUUUGAUCGGGACGAGUGUCGCGACGAGAUUGGCGUUGGAUUCAGCCUACACUUAGACGCGGGUGGUCGAUAGAUGAUACCAGUACAUCGGAGGAGGUUCCCGACUGCCGGUCCCACGUCGCUUUCGAGGACGGUUUUAUGAUUUUGGUUUUCAUUUUUAUUGUGAGUUAAACCUUUGAAUUUAGCAUUGUAAUAAUUGGA